CACUACUAUAUAACAAAUAAUUUGAGGUAGAUGUAAUGUAAGGUGAUGUGAUGGUGGUUGGCGGCGCUCCCGCUUUAGUAUCUCAAUUAGUUGGACACACCAACUCUGUUAACAGAGUUAUACUCGUACCUAACGAUGCGGCCCUUAUCAGUGUAUCUGAUGAUAGGACGUUGAGAGUUUGGAUAAAGAGGUCAUCGGGAGAUUACUGGCCUUCUAUCUGUCAAACUCUGGAAUGGUGUGUCUCCGCGCUGGCAAUGGAGAACUUCCACCUCUUCGUGGGUCUCGAAUCAGGCAGCAUCAACCAUUACAAGAUAACAGAGGAUUUAAACAGGAUUACCCUACUUAGGAUCUACAGCUCUCAUCAGUUGAGAGUAUCAGAUCUGAUCUACGAUUCUACUCGAGAUUGGCUGCUUUCAGUUGGAAAGGAUAAGACUUUUCAUUGGUACACUGGAGAGACAGGGAGGCGACUAGGAAGCUAUGUGGCAGGAGCCUGGUGUCUGUGUCUCGCCUUCGACCGUAUCAGUAACUUUGCUUUUAUUGGGGACUACGGUGGUGGUAUUCAUAUGGUGAAGUUGGAGGAGGGGGAGGAGUUUAAGUUCGUUACAACCCUUAAAGGACACGCUGGUUCAAUCAGAUCUCUUACUUGGGACGAAGAAAAACAGAUUUUAAUAAGUUGCAGCGCAGACAAGAGUAUAUUUAUUUGGGAAAUAGGAGAGGGAAAGGGAAAUGCUAUCCAACUCAACUGUCACAGGGAGAGAGUUAACGACAUAGCAUAUUGUGCACCGAGCAGAUUAUUGUUCAGUUUUGGUGUGGACAAGAAGAUGACUGUGUGGAAUCUGAGAACUGAAAGGAAACCGUUUGCAUUAUGGCAAGAGAGUAACGAAUGUCAGGAAUGUAAACUACCAUUCUUCUGGAAUGUCCAGAGACUCUGGCAGGAGAAGAAUGUCAUGUUCAAACGGCAGCAUCACUGUAGACGGUGUGGUAGGGCGGUGUGUGGGGAAUGUUCCCCAAACGAGUCCAUUCUGCCGAGUUAUGGGUUCGAGUAUCCUGUAAGAGUAUGCAAACUAUGCUAUCAGGAUAUUUCUGAAGAAGAGUUACGCAGUAGCACUCUGACCCACAACAUUCUUAUCGAGCCUACUUGUGUUGAUUUCGACUACUCCAAGAAACUCAUGGCUGUGGGAGCUUCUGAUAAUGUCAUCCGGUUAUACGAUGUGGCUGCCUGUCUCUGAGAACCAAGAAUCUAUGAGGAGAUCUGAACCUCUUGUACUGUCCUGAAAUACCUCAACUUCCUACAGAUAUUCCCAAGAAUCAUAUAAUUGUGGAAUGUGAACUACGAUCAUGCCAAAGGACACUGAUAAGCUGCCAAAUCCCGUCAUCCUAUAUCAUAAAAAAUAUGUAAUUUUGAACUCACUUCAAAAUAAAAUUUUUGUGUUCGUGUUUUUUUGUUUAUGUGUGAUUUAUUAUUUACAAAGAUUGAAGUCCUGGAGACUGAAUGGAAAUUGGAAUCGACGAUGGUUCGAAAGUUUUGAGUUAUGAUUGUAAAUGUAAACUCAUUUUUAUUGUUAAUUUUAUUCUUGUACCUAUGAUAAAAUGAUAGCUUUUGGUUUAUUCCGAGAAUAGAAAGAUGUUGUUGCAGUUGAACCUCGCCAAUUAUUAUACGGUUCGUGGUAUAACAGAUUCUCGUUCUACUUAAUGCAAGCUCUGUCCUCUUCGUACUCGCUGAACUGUGAAAUUGUGGUGAUCAUUGAACGUUAUCUCCAGCUGUAGAGCAGAAUAGCCCCGCUACUAGUACUACGUAAUAAUAGUGCAAAGUGUGACCAUGGAUGGCCUUGACACUUGAUAGUGCUUUUAUAUGGCCGAAGACCGCAAACAGAAUUGAAGGCUCGAACCCAGCACUAAUAUUGAGAAUUCUGUUACUAUAUGGAGAUAAGAUAUGAAUCUUAAUCAUAGUCACGUUAAUAAAAUAUCAAGUUUGUUUGAGUAUUAAAUGAUAAUUCUAAUUGAA